AGCUGGCAGUGUGUAAUAACACUCGUGGGAAGCGCGCGCAGACAGGAGGUGGGGGUACACGCGCGCGCACGCAGCAGCAGCAGACUGGAACAUGGGUCUGCUCCGGACUGGAUCACCGGUUCUGCUGGUUCUACUGGGUUCGGUGUCCAGCUUUAUACCCUCCCCACUGCACAACAUCCUGCCUUUACCUGCAGGUCCACAGGACGCACUGAAGAGGUUUGAUCCAUGUUGCCUACUGACUCCGCCUCCCCCUCCAUUGUUCCCGCCCCCUCCCAGCAUCUGGAGACAAGUCCGUGUGGUCCCAGAAUCUGUCUCAGAAGUUGAAAGAGAAAGAGAGCGAGAUGAAUCAGAAACGAAGGAACAGUGUCUACCAGGACCUCCAGGACCCCCGGGACCUGCUGGACCACAGGGACACGGAGGUCUUCCAGGAGUACCAGGACCCAAGGGAGAUAAGGGAGAAAUCGGUCGGCCGGGGUCUAAGGGUCGUACUGGUCGGACUGGUCUUCCUGGGAGGCCGGGUCUUCCAGGAUUUCCUGGACCAGAGGGACCCAAGGGGGAUAAGGGAGAUCCUGGACUGAUGGGAAUGCCGGGAAUGAGAGGACCAAUGGGAGCUAAGGGGCUCCCAGGAUAUAAGGGAGAGAAGGGGGAUCAGGGGGAGCAUGGAGUUCCAGGCCCGAAGGGAGACAAGGGAUCUAUUGGGCUUCCUGGGAUCCUGGGGCAGAAGGGUGAAAUGGGUCCUAAAGGAGAGUCCGGUGUAUCUGGGAAGCGUGGUCCUACGGGACGUCCCGGCAAAAGAGGCAAACAGGGAGAUAAGGGAGACUCUGGUGCAGUUGGACCGAUGGGACCACCGGGGUCUCCAGGACCAACCGGACAUCCAGGACCCCCUGGAGUUCCUGCUUCAGGGCUGUUUCUGGUGGGAGAGAAAGGUGAGAAGGGUAUGCAGGGUCCUCCUGGAGAAUGCGACUGCAGCUCAGACUUCAGUAAUAACGGUCCUGGUAGCGCAUCACUGCAGCGCCGCGGGAAAUACGUCUCAGCGGUGUUUGUGGUAAACAGUGAGAAGGAGCUGAAUAAUCUGCACACAGACGACGCUCUCGCCUUCAGGAAAGAUCAGAAAUCUCUCUACUUUAAAGACGUGGACGGAUGGCAGCCCAUUCAGCUGCUGCCGAUGCAGUCGACUGAGCGGGCAAGGGAGGGGGCGUGGCUCUGUGGGGAUGGAGAAGUUCAGCCAAUGAACGAAGAGGAAUGUGAUGAUGGAAACAAGGUGGUCACAGACGACUGUGUGGGCUGUAAGAAAGCGUACUGUGGAGACGGAUAUCGUCAGGAUGGAGUCGAGGAGUGUGAUGGGAAAGACUUCGGCUAUCAGACCUGCAAAACCUACCUGCCCGGGACGUUUGGGCAGCUGAAAUGUACUGCUUCCUGCUUUAUCGACUCAACCAACUGCAAGUACACCUCCUGAUCUCCUCCUGAACUCCUCCUGAACUCCUUCUCCUUCCUCAAAGUCUGUAAUCGGCAGCUGGUGCUGGUGGUCAUGGCCCUCCUUUACUAUGUGAUGAUGAUGGUUAUGUAAUUAUGUAAUGAAUUAAUGAAUUAUGUGAAUGUAAAAAGUUUAUAUGUAUGUAUUUAUUACAUUUGCAUGACCAGAGCUGGCUCCACCCACUGAGUGACAUAAGCAGCUGCUAAGAGAACUGCAGCCACCAGGGGGCACCCUAAAACUUUUUGGUAGUAUAGAACUUUUAUAUUGUUAUACUGUUUAAAGAUAUUGAAAUGUUUGAAGGUACAUACAGUACCGGUCAAAGUUUGGACAACUGUAGAUUCUUCAGAGUAGCUCCUCUUUAGAUGAUCAGUUUUGAACAUCUCUGCUGGAUUUUCUCAGUCAGUUUUAUGAGGUAGAGUCUCCUGGAAUUCAGGCUUUCAGUUAACAGCUGUGCUGAACUCAUCAAGAGUUAAUUACUUGAAUUUCUUGUCUCUUAAUAAAGUGUUUGAGAGCAUCAGUUAAAGUAAAGUAGUGAAGAGGUAGAGUUACAGGUAUACAGUGAAUAGUGAAUAUUUGAGUAAUGUUCUAAUCCAGGUUAUGAGAAGCAACAACUGCUUAAUUAAAUAAAGAUUAAAAAAUACUUUAAGAAAUGAAGGUCAAUUAAUUCAAAAAGAAGAAUUUCAAGAGCUUUGAAAGUUUACUGCAAUCAUUGCAAAGACCAUCAAACGCAUUAUAAUGAUGAAACUGGCACUCAUCAGGAACCACAAAAAACUGCAAGUUUCCCCAGAUAAGAGCACCUAAAUGCUAAGUUACUACAUGAUUCCUUAUGUGUUCCUUCAUAAUCUAAUAGAUCACUUCACUAUUCAUUUACUAUGUAGUAAAACUUUUGACUGGUAUAGUUAUAUAUAUAUAUAUAUUGCAGCUCUAGCUCUGUUAGAUAAACAGGAAAUUCUGGAUAACCUCAAAUACAGAACUAUUAUCUCCAAACAGCGUCUUCUAAACAUUUAAAAACAGAGGUCAGCGUGCUCUCUUUCAGUUUUAGCAGGAAAUUCUUCUGUUUUUUUAGUUUUUACUUUGAAUUACAUCAGAAAACUAACAUCAGCACAUUUUUUAAUUUGCGUGGAUUAACAGAGAAUAACAGAGAAUAAUCACAGUGUAAAGUUAAUUUAAUCCAGCAACAGUUUAAUACAGUGAACAGUGCAGUAAAUCAGCCAAAACAGCAUGAAAAGCAUCCAAAUACUGUAUAUUAACCUUCACAACACAUUGAUAAUCACUGAAUAAAGCAUUUAUAAAGCAUAAUUUAUAUAUUUCUGAACAUUUUGUGACUUUACUCAGUGAAUAAAUGAGAUUGUAUUAAUAUAA